AAACGGUCGGGAUUCUAGUCAUCACCCGCGAAAUAGCUGCCUGCUUAAUCACAGAACUCAAAAAUUACUAAGAUCUCUGAUAAACCCUAAUUGCAGUAACUGUACAAUCUAAUUUUAUUUUGGUGGUGUUAUUGGAGCAGCUAUGGUAGGAUCAGGUACAGCAGCUUCCACAGAGGGAAAUGGAGUUUCAUUGAAAGAUAAAGGCAAUGAAUUCUUUAAAGCCCGCAAUUAUCUCAAAGCUGCUGCUCUGUAUACUCAGGCUAUUAAGCUUGACCCUUCAAAUCACACUCUCUAUAGCAAUCGUGCUGCAGCAUUUCUGCAAUUGGUUAAGCUUAGUAAAGCACUUGCCGAUGCUGAGACAACAAUCACAUUGAAUCCACAAUGGGAAAAGGGAUAUUUCAGGAAAGGGUGUGUAUUGGAAGCAAUGGAACAGUAUGAUGAUGCCUUGGAUGCGUUCCAAACAGCUUUACAGUAUAAUCCACAGAGCACUGAGGUAUCAAGAAAAAUUAAGAGGAUAUCCCAAUUGGCAAAAGAGAAAAAACGUGCUCAAGAAGUGGAAAGCCUGAGGUCUAAUGUUGACUUGACAAAGCACUUGGAUAAAUUCAAAUCUGAAAUGUCUGAAAAAAUUGGAUCUGAAGAAUGUCUGAAAGAAAUUUUCUCUUUCCUUGUUGAGACAAUGGAGACAGCUGUAAAAUCAUGGCAUGACACUUCUAAAGUUGAUCCUAGAGUGUACUUUCUUCUUGAUAAGGAAAAGACGCAAACCGAUAAAUAUGCUCCAGUUGUUAAUGUUGAUAAGGCCUUUGAAUCACCCGAAACACACAGCAGCUGUUUCACAUUUCUUAGGCAGUAUGUUGAACAGUCAUUCGCAAAAGCAGCUUGCUUAGUGACGCCUAAAAAUAUCAUAUUUUACCCACAGGUUUGGAAAGGUCAGGGAUCAAGGAAAUGGAAGCAUGGGCAACAAGAUGGCUUCUUUGUUCAAUUUGAGUCGCCUUUCUUGCGACAAGUAUGGUUUAUUGCGAGUUCUAAUGAGAAGGGGCAAACACUUUGCAGGGAUCCAGAGACGCUAGAUAUUGGUGCACAUGAAUUGUUUCCGCGAUUGUUCAAAGAGAAGCUGCCUAAUCCCUAAUGAAUUCACUUAUCUUCCAGAAAACUCAGAAUGCAAGCUUCAACUGAAGGGCCACAAAUGAAAAAGGUGCCUUUUGUUCUCCACUGUGCAUGUAUUCAAAAUUUUGAAAUGUUUUUUUAGUUGCUGCAUUUCUGGAGUCUUUUUGUAUGACUGCUUUGUAGUAUUGUCAAGUCGGUGUUUCGCCCUUGUAUUGAGUGGGUAAAUCCCCAUCCAAAAUAGUAAAACUUAGCAUUCAAGAUAUGAACCACUCAAAUCUAUGUUAUAUUUUGAUUUUGAUGCAUAAAAGUACAAAGAUGGAUUAA